AUGGCGCCGCCAGCUGCUCUCACACCGGAGUCAAUGUCUGGAACUUCCACUCCCACUACUACUUCUGCCAGCAAGCUCACCGAAGCCGGCAUCAAACAUGCCUUCGAGCCAGCUUCGUCUUCGGCAGAAUUGGACGCCUCCAAGAUGACCUACACCCUCACUACUACUCCUCGAGCAGUCCCCGCGCCCGAUUCCGCCGAGACCAAGUCCCAGAAGACGUGCACCGACCACAUGGUUUCCGCUCGCUGGACCGUAGAGCGCGGAUGGGAAGCCCCCGAACUCAAGCCUUACGGCCCAUUGAGCAUCAUGCCUUCGGCGAGUGUCCUGCACUACGCCACCGAAUGCUUCGAAGGACUGAAACUCUACCGCGGCUUUGACGGGAAACUGCGCCUGUUCAGAGCGCAGAGGAACUGCCAACGAAUGCUCAAGUCCGCGCGAAGAAUCGCUCUCCCCGACUUCGACCCGAAAGAGUUGGAGAAGAUGAUUCUGGCCCUCUGUGCACAGGAUGGGGAUAAGUGGCUUCCCAAGGAAAGAGCGGGACAUUUCCUGUAUGUGCGUCCGACCUUUAUCGGGACGGAUGAGGCGCUGGGCGUGCAGAGACCGAGGGAGGCACUGCUUUAUGUCAUCAUUGCUUGCUUUCCGGACAUGACCAAGUCCAUCCCUCCUGCUUUGAAUGGGUCUGCGAAUGGACUCGUCGCGAGACCGGGUCUGAAACUCUUGGCAAGCAAUGAGGAUACGAUCCGCGCGUGGCCUGGUGGAUUCGGAUACGCGAAGCUGGGAGCCAACUACGGUCCUUCAUUAGUUGCGCAGGGAGAGGCGAGAUCAAGGGGUUUCGACCAAGUCCUCUGGUUGUUCGGCAAGGAAUGCUAUGUCACUGAAGCCGGUGCUUCCAACUUCUUCGUUGUGUGGAGAACAAGAGAGGGAAGACUACAGCUCGUGACCGCCCCGCUAGAAGAGCGCAUCAUCCUCGAGGGCGUCACGCGAGCUUCGAUCCUCGAGUUGGCAAAGGAGAGACUGAGCAAGAAUGUCGGGGACGUGGAAGCCGCGGAGAUGGUCGAGCAGCGCUUCACGAUGGCCGACAUCGUGGACGCACAAAAAGAAGGACGAUUGGUGGAAGCUUUCGCUGCUGGGACGGCUUUCUUCGUGGCUCCCGUCGGACUCAUCAAUUUCCGCGGACGAGAUCUGGAAGUCCCGUUGAAAGAGGGGGAGACGGGUGCUUAUGCGAAGCUGAUCAAGAGUUGGUUGGUUAGUAUUAUGUACGGCAAGGAGGAUCACGAGUGGGGGAUUGUUGUGAAGGAGGAGUGA